AUGGAUUAAAAUUCCGCCAAUCGAGAUGAGAACUCAGUCUAGGCAAAACUCAGAAGGAGAAGAAACGAUUCAAAUAAUAGAGACUAUUCUUGUGGUUGUGGAAAAAGCUAUUUAAGUUAUGCAGCCCUGUAUACUCAUUUAAAGUAUGAUGUAAAUACGAUCGAAAGAUAGAAACAUGAUUCUAAGGCUCCUGAUGGAACUUAAUUGCCCAAUAAUGCAAAUUAAAGACCAGGAAGAGGUAGACCAAGAAGACAAGAUGAUUAAGAUAGAAAAAGUGCUAAAUCUGAUGAAGGAUAAUCAGAAAGUGGAAAUGAACCUGAUGAUAUUCUGGAAGAGCUUUUAACUUUUUUGGAUAGUUUAGGUAGUUUUAGAUAAACUGAAAAACUGUCUAGCGAUGUUGAUAUUUAGGCUUUUCUUCUUUCAAAUUUUCCUUAAACUGUCUUUUCAAAUUAUCAAGAAUAUUAGGGAAUAUUUGAUUUAUUAAAAGAUAUUACAGAUGAAAAAAUUAAAGUUUAAGAUAUUGAUCAAAUUGCUAAUGAACCUUUUGAUAAGGAUAAGUCUUUGCGUAAAACAAAUAUUACUAAGAUAUUGGCAUAUUUCUUGAUAUAAAUAGGUCCAAAGUUAAAUGCUGAAGCAUAUAGAGAAAUGUGUAUAUUCAUCAUAUGUUUUUAAAAAUGUUUGAAUACGUUGGGUUAUUUCGCACUCUAAAAAUACUACUAGGAUUAAAAGAAUGGAGAUAAUAAAUAAUUGGAUAUCAAAGAGGAGGUCUCACAAAACUAGGAGUUCUGUGAUGUUCAAAAUGGAGAGCAUAUGCUAUUAAUUUCAAAUGAAUUUAUUUUAACAUCUUUACCUUAAUCUUAUUCAGGAUUAGAGAAGGUCGAAAAGAGUUUCAAAAUAUUUGGUAGUUGUGCUGAAAAAUUAAAAAAUGCUGUGUAUGUUACAUAGCAUUUCUCGUAUUGGUUAUAUUCUUUAAAAUUUACAAAUUCAAGAUUAGAUUUUUAUACUGAGGAUGAUUGA